AUGACUGUCUCAAUUCAACCCACCCAUCUUCCGAUUGCACCGCGCUCUUCCCCCCUUUCUAAACCAACCAUCAAAUCAAAUUUCCCAAUCACUCGCCUACCCACAGACAUUCUCCUCACUCUCUUCUGUCUAAUACCAUCUCCGCAAACUCUUUCCGCCCUUUCUCUAUGUUCUCGCCAAUUUCACCACUAUGUCACACCAUACCUGUACUCCCAUUUCCUCCACCUCGGCGACACAUGCACUUCCCUUCCGCAUUUUCUGCACACCAUUCUCCAUAAUCCCCACUAUGCACUCUACACCAAAAACUUUACUUGCAACGCCCUCCUAGGCUACAAAACCGACACCUCCCUCUCCAACUUCUCCCCUUCCGACCUUGUCCUCCUGAAAUCCCGUCUCAAAUCCAACUACACCCUAGAAGAUGGCUCACGCUCUCAAUUCUUUGGCUCUCACAUCGCCUCACAAUGGUACAAUUUUAUCCUCCAAGGAAACUGGGAUGCCAUCGUGGGAUUAAUCCUCUGUCUCCUCCCUAAUCUCCUAUCUCUCAAUAUAAUCAACCACGCGAGCGGUUGUCCUUACGGAUAUCCCUAUCUCGAAACCGUGCUCAACAGAGCGGCAAAGUUACAAAAUCAACGACUUCGCGAUCCCACCUGCAUAGUCCAACCACAAGCAUAUUCAUUCCCGCAUCUACGCUCUUUACAUUUGGCAAAACAUGAUACCAUGCAUUAUCCCCGGAUGGGAUUUGAGAUUCUGCGCGCUCUUCCCUUUUUAGCUAUUCCCUCCAUACGAGAGGACCCUCAAAUCGGAAAAAGAGAAGGAUUGGAAUUUUCUUUCAAUAUAAAUCAUUUUCUGCGUUCCAUCGAACAUUUGAGAGAUAUUCUUGAGGUUUUGAGACUGCGAGUUUCUGAAUCAUCAUUGUCGUCAUCAUCUGCUGAGAUUCAUGAUGGAAGCGAGGAGGAAGAAGAAGAUGAUGAACAAAAUGACUAUCAUAAACAUAAUCAAGAUCACGAUUCCAGCAACAAGUACGACAACCAGCGCAAUCAAUACAAGUACAAUUCCAUCAUCACCCAACUCUCGUACUUUACAAAAUUGGAAGUCCUGAACCUCUCCGCAAAUCUACUUCCCGCAUCUAAUUCCAAAACUCCCUCGACCGCCACUUCUAAUUCCCAAUCCCGAACCUCAUCCUCAUCCUCCAACGAAAAAACAAUCGAAACUAGAAAUAACUCCCUCUCAUUACUCAAAAGUGAAGAAAUCAAACACCGCCCCUCCACUUCCCCUCCAUCUCAUGAAAAAUAUAAACCACCCUCACUCUCACGCUUACCCCCUUGUGAAACAUGCUUACGUCAUGCUUUUCGCGCACGGGAAACACAAGUACGGACGAGACGCAUCGAAUGGGAUGAUGCUGUGAAUGAGGUAUAG